AUGAUCAUAAUCAAAGGUUUUCUUAUUUCCGGGCUGCACCCAUGUUUUUACAACAUAAAAAUUACAUAUCUGCCAAUGAGGAAUGCGCCAAUGGAACCUGCAGAAUGUCUCACAUGUUCAGAUGGAAAUGAGGAGUCACUGAGUGAGGGUGGCUUGCAGAUGAGUCAGCCAGGUCGAAGACCCCGUAUCCUGAAUGCAAGGACGAACGUGGUCUCGGAGGAUUUACAUGAAAACGAGGGUUUAAGAGCGUGGGACGCUCGUAAGAAAAAGCUACAAGUAUACGAGUACCAGGUUGACUUUAAACAAGGAUUUCUGGCAAGCGUUAGAUUUCAUAUCCUGAGGGAAUGGCGUUCUAACGUUUGGGAAUGUCCCAGAUAUAAACUUCUUGGGCAGAUCGAUGAAACGCCUGAAAGAAAACUUGUGAAUGUCGAAUAAAAAGUAUCAUGGCUAUGGUAUUUGGUUACUGAACAAUACUUUGUAGUUCAUCAAGUAGAUAUAAGAGGCAGUGGAUUUCAAUGUACGAACAUAUCGAGUACAAUUAAAGAUCGAUUAGGCGCGCUUGAGAUUGAGAAUGAGAUAAUAAUCGUUAAAUAUGUGACUGAUAAUGUUAAGUGUAUUAACGAACGGGAAGUCAGCGUCUUCGGAAAGGAAGGCGGAUACACUGAGCUCAAUAUUAUGGCAAUGGAUCGUUGGAAUGUUUUUCAAUGUUGCGCAGCGAUAUCGUCUAUUGUUUCCUGGGAAGACUAUUCCUAUGUUUUGCUAAGGCAUGUACAUGCCACUGAUACGUGUUGUCCAUUAACAACAGAUAGAACAUUUUCGAAAAAGUGAAUAAUAUCGAAUAGUCGUAUGAUUAAUUCCAAUAAUAGAUUUUAGGUGGUUAUAUGACGAAAAUAAAAGGACGCUAUCUCAGUGUAAAUUUACAAUUAGCUUAACGUAUCUCUGGUCUCACGAAAAAAUACUUCGUCAUAUACUGCGAUACGACUGAUCAUAUGGUACCGCGUUAUAAAGUGAAUCAUUUUUUUAUUGCGAGCAAAGAAUCAUUUAUAGAUAUCAUCAAUACGUGGAUCAGAUUCAUAUAUUGUAUGAUUAUCGUGUACAUCUUUAUGGAAAUAUGUAUCAGUACUUUAGCCAUUGCAUCGCGAGUGCGCGGGCAUUUGAGAAGGAAAUCGAUGAUAAGCGGGGAAGUGUAUUGCUCAGUGAAUACUUUAGUUACUGAUAUCUUUGUUUUAGGAAUAAAAUUAUAAAGAAAUGUAGGUUAUUAUAUAUAUAUUUAAUAGAAAUAUAAGACAAAAAUAAUAGCUAAUGCUCUUUUGACAUCCCUGGUGGGGAUCGAACCCACGACCUUUGGAUUAGAAGUCCAACGCGCUAUCCUCUGCGCCACAGGGACUUGAAAAUGUUUGGUGCCAUCUACAGUAUAACAGAGAUUAUAGGUAUUUUUAGCAAGAUGGCGCCACUGUACUGACGCUGUGCUGCUUGCUCAGUAGCGUAGAGAGAAGAUGAGUACACUUGCACUUUAAAUUUCACCAGGAAUACAUUCAGAUAUUAGUUUCUACACAGAUCAAGGCUUUUGAUAGUUAUAACGUUGUAUUUAGAGUACCUUGAAAUGUCUACAACGACAUAACCGUAUUACCUAAUUUAAAAAUCAUCCUAUACAUGUAAUUCGAAAAGCUAGCGUAGUAACUCUGAAUUUCAGGGUCCCGUAAUAUCUACGUCCCUGGUGCAGAAUUCACGUAGUCAACACAAAAACGGGUUCCGUAGAAACCGCGUAAGAAAACGCUGGUAAAUCGAAGUGCGUCGUCCCGAGGGCGUCUCGCAGGGGGUUAUAACGAACGCGAGAUAAAGGAUGGGCUAAGGAUUGCGUUAUCAGUAAGAAAGACCUGAGGGUCGUGAAAAGUGCCGAGGCCAGGAGACAAAAGGUGCAACGAGAAGGCAGCUCCUCGUCCAGUGGGACAACAAGGAGAGUAGUGUCUGGCUCGGGAAACAUGGCGGCUCCAGAACA